AUGGCUGAUGUUUUGGCUAAGCUUUCGGCUUUAUCAGAUCGCUUCAAGGGUGAGCCAAUGACAUCUGUUCAAGCUGAUAUGAUGUUGAAUUUGAUUCCUAGAGAGCUUUUGGAGAAAAUACUGUCAGAUAGUGGGGGCUCGUUGGCCGAAUUUCAAGAUGUCGCUAUAGAUAUUCUGGGAACACUAUUGCCAUCGUGUAGUAAUGAUACUCUCGAAAAGCAUUAUUCUCUCGCUCCUCUGCUCCUUCACCGCCUCAGAACUUCGGAAGGCAUGGAUUCUCUCAAUGAAAUAUCAGGAUGUAUUCUCUCCUUAUAUAAGCUGGGUAGUCACAACCAGGAGAAGUACCUACACGAUACUGCUGAUGUGCUCUCGUCGUACUGUGUCAACAAUUCCCAGGAUUUUCCAUUCACAUGCAUACUGCAUCGUCUCACGGAAUGUAUAGCUAAUUUGCGAUCUUCCUCCGAAAAUUACGGUUUGUAUGCCUUAGGAGGAAAGUGGUUUGCUCCAGACUUAUCACUGUUGUUAUUAUUAGUACAUAUCGUGGUUGUACAAGUCCGAAUGUGCCUCGACAAGCCGGAUACUAUCAAUUCGCAAAGCCUAGCUGUUUGUUAUCAUAUCCUCGAGAUGGCCAUUGAAUGCGUCGAGGAGUCGUCUCUUCUGGAUGAUUCUAUGGCUACUCGCCUGGCAGCUACAGUACGCGAAGCGGCAUUCUAUUCUAUCGAGUACUGGGUAGAGGCGAAAGAGCAGGAAGAACAUCUGAACGAAAGUACAAAUGAACCAUCGGAAGGCGUGCGACUGUCACAGCCGCAAGUUGUUGCCUACCUGGACGGAGAGUGUGCUGGUGAGGGGAGCCAAGUGACGUGGAUUUGUCGCUCUUCCGGUCUAGGAUUCUCUUUAACCUAUCCAUCAAUUAUUCUUCAUGCCGUGUCCACUGAUCUCAGCACGUUCCCACACGAGUGUAUAUACGUUCUUGUUGAUGCAUCGAAAAGCGAGCGACGUAGAAGGCCAGCUAUUCCGUUUUUUACUGCUGCUGAUUCUCAUAAUGCCCAAGACCUCAAACUUGCUGAUGAAGAGUUAAAUGACGAUGACAAUGCAUCCGAAGAUGAUGAAGAAGAAGGAAAGAAUGUUGUUAUACGAUUUGUUCCCUCUGACCUUAGUGUAUUACAGCAAAUUUAUACCGAAAUGUGUAAUUGUCAGGAACUGAAUCCUGACGAAAAUGACGACUUCUCAGACGAAGACGAUGGGGAAAUGGUAGUAGCAGAAGGUGAUGAUGGCUUACUUAGUGGAGAUGGAUGGUAUACUGCUGAAAAUAUUGGCAGUGGUGAGCACGUGGAACUUAGCGAAGAGGGGCGAGCUAAUCUACAUCGUAUGACAAACCACGCUCGUGAUGGCUGUGGAGAUCACGAUGAUGCUGAAGAAAAUGGAGAUAAUGAAAUGGAUGAGCAGUAG